AAGAAGUCAGUUGAUGCUUUCAUGGCCUGCAGGUUGCAAAGUAUCUUGCAUAGUUUGCAUCAAGACUUUGUAGUUCUGGAUUGUGGACUCCAGUUUUGUAGAUUACGUUGUAACAGGGUUUGAUACAAAGCAAUAGAAGCACUCUGUUCUGAAUUUAUACUGAAACUCCCCGCCAGGAGGAAUACAGAGACUGCUAGCUAAUAUGGAACAAAAAUUGCAGGAACUGAAACCAAGGCACAUAAAAGAGGAAACAAUUUGCAGGGAGACAGAAGAGAUGCAGAAUAUGUGUGCUGCAAAUGGAGAAACAGAGCAAUUCUGUGGGAAGCACAGACGGAGACUAGAGUUAUUUUGCCAGGAGGAUGAGGCCUUUAUCUGUGUCCUGUGUGUUCCCAAACAUUCCAGACACACUUUUGUGAUUAUACAAGAGGCAGUCAGUCUGUAUAAGGAAAAGUUGAAAACUACUUUAUCAUCCCUAGAAUCUAAAGUGAAUGAUGUUGCAUAUUUGCAAAAGAAGCGGGAGAAGGAAAUUCUACAAAUUCAAGAAGAUGCAUUUAAUUUGGAACAAUACAUUAAAGAAGAAUUUGCAAAGCUGCACCAGUUUCUUCAGGACAAGGAACAAAAUCUCAUGCAGCAACUUAAGAAUGAAGAAGUAAACAUUCUGAAAGAAAUACAUGACAGUCUUGCCUGCAUUAGCCAUGACACUGUGACAGUGUCUGGAGUCUUGAAGCUCAUAAGUAAAGAUACAGGGAUUCUGAAAGAAGAAAGAGAAUGUGGCCACAGUGGUAAUAUCUCCACUCGGGAAACGUUUCAUAAUAACUUGGAGAUCCAACAACAGGAACCUCCUGGUUUGUUGACAGUACCUGAAACAUUUGAGGAUGUGGUUGUUGCUUUCUCAGAAGAAGAAUGGAAGAUGCUGAGAAAACAAGAUAAGGACCUUUAUAGGGAGGUGAUGGUACAGAAUUAUGAAACCUUGCUUUCAGUAGGAUACAAAAUUCCCCCAAAGAUGCUAUUACUACUGUUAAAGGCAGAUAAUGAACUGCAAGUGGGUGACAGUGGUGUGGAAGUGAAAGAUUUUAAAGAACAGAAGAAUAAUCUGGAAGAUAAUACAGAUGGUAUUGGAUUCACAGUGAAAGGUUCAAGUUCCAGUAAACAAGUAUCACUUGGGAAACCUCAUCACCCAAAAGAAAAUCUGCAGGAGUGUUCUCAGCCUAUGAAAGGCUGUGACAGCCUUCACAGCAGUUGUGUAGCACUGUUUCACUCGGAGGAGGACUGCACUAAAAGAUCGGAAUGUGACAAUGGAACACUUCCAGUACAUCCUCCAUCAGAAAACCAGAAGCAGUGUACUCAGCCUGUGAAAGGCUGUGACAGCCUUCACACCAGUUCUGUAGCACUGCUUCAGUCAGAACAGGACUGCAGUAAAAAAUCAGAAUGUGACAAUGGAACACUUCCAGUACAUCCCCCAUCAGAAAACCAGCAGCAGUGUGCUCAGCCUGUGAAGAGCUACAAAAAACUUCAUACCACUUAUGUACCACUGCUCCACUUGAAACAGACCUGCAAAACGAGUUCUGAUUGUGAUACAAGUCAGACACCUCCUACAGAGAAGGAAAUAUAUAAAUAUGUUGACUGCAGUAAGGGUGUCACUAGUUUCACUAAGCUUAAAACUCCACAGACUUUUCACACAAGAGAGAGACCACAUAAAUGUGCUGAAUGUGGUAAGUGUUUCAUACGUUUUAGUAGCCUUCAACUGCAUCAAGUUGUUCACACGGAGGAAAGGCCAUAUAAAUGUGCUGAAUGUGGUAAAUGCUUUGCACAAAAACGACAAUUGCAGUACCAUCAGAACUCUCAUGUAGGGAAUGAGACCUUUAAAUGUUCGGCAUGUAAUAAGUGUUUUACUUGUCUCAGUAACCUUCGACAGCAUUAUGCCAUUCACUCGGGAGAGAAACCAUUUAAAUGUGCUGAAUGCAAUAAGAGUUUCCCACGUCUGAGUCACCUUCGACAGCAUCAUGUUAUUCACACUGGCGAGAAACCAUAUAAAUGUGGUGAAUGUGGUAAAUGCUUUGCACAAAAGGUAGGCUUAAAACAGCAUCAGAACCGUCAUACAGGGAAUAAACCAUAUAAAUGUACUGAUUGUAGUAAGAGCUUUGCUUGUCUUAGCAAUCUUCGACAGCAUAUUGUUAUUCAUACAGGAGAGAAACCAUAUAAAUGUGCUGAAUGUAGUAAAUCAUUCCCACGUCUCAGUAAUCUUCGCCAGCAUCGUGCUGUUCAUGCUGGAGAUAAACCACAUAAAUGUACUGAAUGUGGUAAGGGUUUUACACAAAAGGGCCACCUAAAAAAUCAUCAACAGUCUCACACGGGGAGUAAACCAUAUGAAUGUGCUGAAUGCAGUAAGCACUUUACUCGAAAAGAACAUCUAAAAGACCAUCAAAGGUAUCACAAACACCAUCAGAACUCUCACACAGUGGAUAAACCAUAUAAAUGUGCUGAAUGUAAUAAAUGUUUCAGACGUCCAGGUAAAUUUCAACAGCAUCAAACCAUUCACACAGGAUCCAAACAUAGUGAAAAUUCUAACCCUUUUAGUUUAAUUGGACCUGUUGAUCUUGGAAGUCGUGAUAAAAUAAAAAUUAUUGCAGCAGAAUCAAAACCACCUUUUCACGGUGAGGCAUUUAUUCCAUUUGGCGUUUUGCUAACAGUGUUUGUUAUUAUACUUGCGUGUUUCUCAGCAACGCCGAACGGAGACAUGGCUGAAGAAAAUACUAAUAUUGAAUUAGACUAUAGACCCUCUGGGUCUCUCAGAGGGGAAAAGAGCUGUACGAAUUCUAUACCCUCUAAUGACUUUCCUGUUAAUAAGAAUGAACGACAAGAACAAAUGGGGAAUUUAGUUAAAGAGAGAGGCGAAUGCCUAUCGUCGAAGUUUGUCAACUGUUUGAAAAGUGAUAACAAUCCGUUAUUACUAUAUGGAAGGUCAGUCGCAGAGACAUCUGAGCUAAAUAGCAUAGAAGAACUUGAAAAGUUACGUAUAGCUAUGGAGAAGUUGGAAGUAGACUCUUUUAAGCUUAAACGCUUAACCACACAACGUCAGCAUUUCGAAGCCUGUUUAAGUAAGGGAAUUAUUCCAAGAGGUCUCCGUGUACUCAAAAUGCCUACCUACGGUGAACAAUACCCUGAACUGUUAACAAGGUGGCAGAAAUUAUUGAGGCAGACAAGAACUUCCUACCAAGAGGUACACAGUGAAUCGACUGCUGGUAUGGAUCAAAGAUCCCACAGAGUGAAUCUGGGACACAAAAGAGAGAAAACAGACUGCAGGGAAAGAGAAGUGAUGCAGAAUCCGUGUGCUUGUAAACAGAGAACAGAGCAGUGCUGUGGGGAGCACAGAGAGAGACUGCAGCUGUUCUGCCAGGAGGAUGAGGCCUUUAUAUGUGUCCUGUGUGUGCCCAAGCAUUCCAGUCACAGUUUUGUAUUCUUCCAUGAGGCAGUUAGCACAUAUAAGGACAAACUGAAAGCAGCCUUAACAUCUCUAGAAUCCAAAGUGGAAGAUCUUAAAUGUUUACAAAAAAAGCAAGAGAAGAAAAUCCUAGCCAUGCAUGAAGACCGUCUGAGUUUGGAACAUUACAUUAAAACAGAAUUUGCAAAACUGCACCAUUUUCUCCAAGACAAAGAACAAUUGCUUGUUGAACAACUUACAGACAAAAGAGUUAAUAUUUUGAAAGAAGUACAGGAAAACCUUGAAUGCAUUAAACAGGAUAUUACUGCUUUCAAUGUGACAGUGUCUGAUGGUAACCUGGAGCUUAACAAUAAAAAAACAGAACCCUUAAAAGAAGUGGAAACAAAAGCUGAAUGGACUGAAAAUGAUAAUGUUGCAGCCACUAAAGAGAUAUUUGACAAUAACUUAGAGCCCCGACAGCAGGACCCUGUUGGCUUGCUAACGGUGCCACAGACGUUUGAGGAUGUUGCCGUCUCUUUUUCAGAAGAAGAGUGGAAGAUAUUAAGAAAACAAGAUAAGGAGCUUUAUAGAGAAGUGAUGGUACAAAACUAUGAAAACUUGGUUUCAGUAGGAUACGAUAUUCAUCCAAAGACACUAUUAUUACUAUUAAAGGCAGAAAAUCGUCUGCAAGAGGGUGAUGUGGAGGGGAAAAAGUGCACAGAACAGAAGGGUCAUCUUGAAGACAACCUCCAGAGUAUUGGAAACACAGAGAAAAGUAUGAGCCGCGACCAGCAGUCAUUGCUUGGGGCACCCAAGUUAAAACACCAGAAAGAGAACCCAGAAAAAUGCGCUAAGCCUGUGAAGGCCUACAAAAAGUUUCCUCUCACUCCUACACCUCAGCUUAACUCAGGAAAUAACUGCAAGACUUCUGAAUGUGGCACAAGUGAGAAAUCUCACACUGAAAAGAAACUGUGUAAAUAUGUUGAAAGUAGUAAAGGAUUCGCAUCUUUCAAUAAGCUUAGAGUGAAUCAUGCAUUUUACACAAAAGAGAAACCAUAUAAAUGUGCUGAAUGUGGCAAAUGCUUUAUACGUCUCAGUAGUCUUCAGCUUCACCACGCUGUCCAUACGGGAGAGAAGCCAUAUAAAUGCACUGAAUGUGGUAAAUGCUUUGCUCAAAAGGCACAGCUAAAAUACCAUCAAAAUUCCCACACAGUGAAUGAACCAUAUAAAUGUACUGUGUGCAGUAAGUGCUUCACAUGUCUUAGCAACCUUCGGCAACAUUAUGCCAUUCACACGGGAGAAAAACCAUAUAAAUGUAAUGAAUGCAAUAAAUGUUUUCCACGGCUCAGUAACCUUCGGCAGCAUCAUGUUAUUCACACUGGUGAAAAACCAUAUAAAUGUUCUGAAUGUGGUAAGUGCUUUACACAAAAAGGAGGCCUAAAACACCAUCAAAACUCUCACACGGGGAAUAAACCGUACAAGUGUGGUGACUGCAGUAAGAGCUUCACUUGUCUUAGCAACCUUCGACAGCAUAUUGUAAUUCAUACAGGUGAAAAACCUUUUAAGUGUGCUGAAUGCAAUAAAAGUUUCCCACGUCUCAGUAAUCUUCGACAGCAUCGUGCUGUUCACACUGGCGAAAAACCAUAUAAAUGUACUGAAUGUGGUAAGGGGUUUACACAAAAGGGACACCUAAAAAAUCAUCAGUGGUCUCACACUGGGAAUAAACCAUACGAAUGCCCUGAAUGUAGUAAGUGCUUUACUAGAAAGGAACACCUGAAAGACCAUCAGAGGUAUCACACAGGGUAUAAACCAUAUAAGUGUGCUGAAUGUAGUAAGUGCUUUACUCAGAAGGGACAUCUAAAAGACCACCAGAACUCUCAUACUGGAAAUAAACCAUAUAAAUGUUCGGAAUGCAGUAAGUGUUUUGCACGUCCUGGUAGACUUCGACAGCAUCAGACCAUUCACACUGGAGAGAGAGCACUCCUAAGAAGAGCAAGGUUGGCAAACACCAAAGAAUGAAAUAGUAUGGCACUCAUAAACUUUGUCUGUGUUCAGAUUUUGAGAAUGAAGUCCAUUUCUGUCUCACCAUUUAAAACCUUGUACAAUUGAAGGAGUUAAAAAAGAGAGAGAAUCCAUAAAAAUAUGCUGAAUGCGCUAAGUGUUUCUUAUGUCACCUGAAUCUUUAGCUCUGUCACACUCAUUAACUAUGGGUAUAUAGAGUUAAAUGCUAAUAAAGUCGAUUCAGGAAAAUGCACGUUUAGUUGACUUUCUACAGAAUUCAGUUUUAUUAAACACCUAAUGGAGGCUGGUCACACAUCCCACGUGUCUCGGUGUUCUUUACUCGCCAUUCCAAUUUUGCAUGAUUUUCGAGUAUAGAAAUAUUUUUGCAUAAGUAAAGGAAUACAUUUACUUUUAAGAAUUUAAAGAAUUUAUCUUUGGUGGCAUUGAUGUGUAAUUCAUAAUGGAAAUAAUGGUCCAACUGCAGUCGUAAGGUAUCCUCUGUCUUCAUGGUAGCUUUGAAUUCAGAAAUUAAAUGAGUUCCUUAUUGUGAAUAGAAAAGCCUGCAAGUCUAAUGUGCCACAUUGUAUAUUUCUGCAUGUCACUAAAGAAUAGCCUUGGAAGUAUUGAAUGUAUACUUUACUUGAUAAGGAAAAUUACAAAAUAGCACUUGGAUACACACAAAAAAAAUAAAUAAAAAAUAGAAAAUAAGUAAA